CGCACUCGGGCUGGGCUGCGCUGGGCUCCGCGCCGGGAGCGCUGCCAUGUUCGGCCGCGGCUCCCGUAAGCGGCUCUCCAGCCGCUCGCUCACGGCGUCGGGGGAGCCGGAGCGGGGCCAGCCCUGCAACACGUGCGGGGACCAGUGCCCCGGCUUCGCCCUGCACAAGUGGAGGAAGAUUUGCCUUCACUGUAAGUGCUCCCAGGAAGAGCACAUCGUAACAGUAAUGCCUCUGGAGAUGGAGAAGACAGUCACGAAGCUCAUGUUUGACUUCCAGAGGAAUUCGACUUCUGACGACGAYUCGGGCUGUGCCCUGGAGGAGUACGCCUGGGUCCCCCCCGGCCUGAAGCCUGAGCAGGUGCACCAGUACUACAGCUGCCUGCCCGAGGACAAGGUUCCCUAUGUCAACAGCCCGGGAGAGAAAUCUCGCAUAAAGCAACUUCUUCACCAGCUGCCACCGCAUGACAAUGAGGUCCGCUAYUGCAACUCGUUGGAUGAGGAGGAGAAGAGGGAGCUCAAACUCUUCAGCAACCAGAGGAAGAGGGAAAAUCUGGGGAGAGGCAAUGUUCGGCCAUUCCCUGUAACCAUGACAGGAGCUAUCUGUGAGCAGUGUGGCGGCCAGAUCAAUGGAGGGGACAUGGCCGUCUUCGCCUCGCGAGCRGGGCACGGCGUCUGCUGGCACCCUCCUUGCUUCAUCUGCAGUGUCUGCAAYGAGCUGCUGGUUGACCUGAUCUACUUCUACCAGGAUGGGAAGAUCUACUGUGGCAGGCACCAYGCCGAGUGCCUCAAGCCCCGCUGUGCUGCGUGUGACGAGAUCAUUUUUGCCGAUGAGUGCACCGAAGCUGAAGGGCGGCACUGGCACAUGAAACAUUUCUGCUGCUUCGAGUGUGAGACRGUGCUGGGGGGGCAGCGCUACAUCAUGAAGGACGGGCGGCCCUACUGCUGCAGCUGCUUCGAGUCCCUGUACGCCGAGUACUGCGACACCUGCGCCCAGCACAUCGGUAUUGACCAGGGCCAGAUGACGUAYGAUGGGCAGCACUGGCACGCCACCGAGACCUGCUUCUGCUGUGCCCAGUGCAAGAAAUCCCUGCUGGGACGGCCCUUCCUGCCCAAGCAGGGGCAGAUCUUCUGCUCCAGGGCCUGCAGCAUCGGCGACGACCCCAAYGGCUCCGACUCYUCCGACUCGGCUUUCCAGAGCGCGCGAGCCAAGGAAUCGCGCCGCAGCGCCAAGAUCGGCAAGAACAAGGGCAAGGGAGAUGAGGGGGCACGUAGCCCCUGCAACCAGCUGCAGGUCACCUCCAACCGCCUCUCCACCGACGUGGACCCUCUGUCCCUGCAGAUGGACCUGCUGAGCCUGGCCAGCCAGACACCCAGCCUCAACAGGGACCACUUGUGGAGGAGCCGGGAYGAGCUCUAUCACUACGGGGGCAAAAUGGAGCAAAGCCAGUCCCAAACCCCCUUGCAGCUUCUCAGCCAGUGCAACAUAAGAACCUCCUAUAACCCCACCCAGGUCCCRAGCUCGCAGUCGGAUUUAUGGGCGAAACAUUUCAGCAACCAAAAGAGGAGCUCCUCGCUGGCCAUGAAGAGCCACGGCGGCAGCUUCAUCCAGGACUGCAGAGAGGACUACUACUCGGGGAGGCUCCGCUCGCAGGAGAGCUACAGUGACAUGUCCAACCAGAGCUUCCCCGAGAGCAGAGGAAGUGUCAAAGUCCCCAAGUACGAAGAGGAAGAGGAGGGAGGGAUGCCGACRCCGCAGUGCCGCACCCGUCACCCCAUCAACGCCCUGAAAUUCAGCGAGGACCUGACGCCCACCGAGCAGACUCCCCGGGGCUCCAUGGAGUCCCUGGCGCUCUCCAACGCCACAGGCCUUUCAGCAGACGGCGGAGCCAAGCGCCAGGAGCACCUGUCCAGGUUCUCCAUGCCUGACCUGAGCAAAGACUCAGGCAUGAACGUCUCGGAGAAGAUGAGCAACAUGGGCACCCUGAACUCGUCGAUGCAGUUCCGCAGYGCCGAGUCGGUGCGCAGCCUGCUGUCGGUGCCGCAGUACCAGGACAUGGAGCCCACCCUGCACGACCUCGCCAGCCCCCUCGGCUACCGGGAGCGGCCGUCGCACGGGCGGAUGCACCAGAGCUUCGACUACGGCAGCGGGGUGCCCGGGGGCCAGCUGGGGCCGCAGGAGAUCCCCAGGCACACCCCGAUGAGCGAGCGCACGCGCCGGAGAACCACGCUGCGGGACGACGACCGGCACUACCGCCCGCACCGGCCCCGGCGCUCGCGGCGCUCCCGCUCCGACAACGCCCUGCACCUGGCCAGCGAGCAGUGCUACCGCCUGAAGGAGAGACCCUCGCUCCGAGCCAGGGACGACUACGACCCCUUCGUGCACCAGAGGAGCUGCAGGGAGCCCGUGGAGCAGGGUCCCCGCAGGGACGUCUACGGCCACUGUCCCCGGACGGUGUCGGAUCUCGCCUUGCAGAACCACUUGGGCGAGAGAUGGGGGCCCUACUUUGCCGAAUACGACUGGUGCUCCACCUGCUCCUCCUCUUCCGAGUCCGACAACGAGGGCUAUUUCCUCGGGGAGCCGAUCCCGCAGCCCGCCCGCCUGCGGUACGUGACCAGCGAGGAGCUGCUGCACAAGUAUGGCUCGUACAGCAUGCCCAAAUCCUCCACSGUGGGGGCCAGGGGACAGUUGCACAGCCGGAAAAGACAGAAGAGCAAAAACUGUAUCAUAUCCUAAUGGCACCCUUGCCAGGCACCUUGGGAGAAUGUAAAUUAACUCACGAUCUUGCACUGUUUUAGAUCAUGUAAGUGCUUUUAUUGUAACAAAAAAAAAAAAAAAAGCCUGAAGAGUAGGGAUUUGUAAGAAGGUUGUAGACUGGCUUCUAUAAAUAGUCAUAAUCCUGGGCACAGUGAAUAUAUUUUGCACAUCUUACUUUGGAGAUAAAAAUUUAAGAAGUUCACUUUAGCCUGUAAUAUUUACCCAGUAGUUUCUCUUCCUUCUCCCAGAUACUGCCACCCCCUUGAGCUCUGUUUGUCUCUACGUUUUGGUUGCCACUGUUGACUCUCAGCAUCAGUUUGCCRGUAGCUUUUGCUUUCCACCACAUUUUUGUUUUCCAUUAGCCAUGUUGGUAGGUGAUUUGUCUCUUGGACAGUGUGGGAGCCUAAGUUAUUUCCAUGAUUGUUGUAAAUGCGAUGUAAAUGAGAGUUUGGAGAAAAUAUUUUUGUAUUUUGUAAUAUCAGAGGAAUUUCUAUAUCUUAGGAGUCACUGGGAAAACGCAUGCACRUUCAGAAAUGUGUUCAGUCAGAGCUAACCAAACGGUACUUUGGAUCCCUUUUUCCAUUUCAUCAUCAAAUYCCUUAAGUAUAUCAGUGAAAGUUUGAGUUGUCAUUGGUUUUGAGGAUUAUUUUUGUUUUAACCCUUUUUUUCUGUUCAUUUGUUUUGAUCUUGGUCAAUAAAUAGAACAUUUUCUGAUUCAUUAAGUCUUGACGAGGCCUCAGUGGCAUUUUGAAGCCUGUGAUUUGCAGGUACACUCCCAUCAGUCAGAUACAGGAACCCUGACAGCUGCAAAGGGACUUUUAUUUUUAAUUAUUAUUAUUAAACAGGAAACAACACAACUACCAAAUGUCUGCAACAUUGUAAAUUACCAAAGCCGGAGAAGGAAUUUCACAACCUCUGUAGAGAACGCUGAAGUUACUAAACAUUGAACUAUUAUUUGGAGUAAAUAAAGUGUAAAUGGUGCAA